AUAUGCUUUGCGACCAAAUCGUGGCCAAGCCAACAGAACCACACACGUGAAAACGUGCGUUUCAUUGUACUACGAACCUGCAAACAGCGACAAAGGAAGGCCGCGGGCAGAUGAUUUGUUGGAAACCAAAGUUGAUGACAGCGCCGCCGCUUUCCACUGGGAUCUUUCCUUCCUCCGUCGCAGCGUCCAAGAACAAGAAAAUCCAUUUGUCCCCCGCCGGAAACACCAUUUCCAGGAAACCCAAUUCAUCUAAGAUUGCUUCUGUAGCUCCUAGGAUGUCUCUCACUCCACCUUCUGCUCCACUGCAAAGUGUAUGUUCAUUGCCGGUUGAUGAUCCUUUGGAGGCUAUAUUGUUUGACAUCGAUGGAACUUUGUGUGAUUCAGAUCCUAUCCAUUAUUAUGCCUUCCGAGAAAUGCUUCAAGAGAUAGGCUUCAAUGGAGGAGAGCCCAUCACCGAGGAAUUCUUCAUAAAGAAUAUCAGUGGCAUGCACAAUGAUGAGCUCUGUCAUGUGCUCUUUCCAGAUUGGGAUUUCCCGAGGGCUAUGCAAUUUAUGGAGGAUAAAGAAGCAAUGUUCCGGAGAUUGGCAUCAGAGCAGUUAAAACCCGUCAAGGGGCUUGACAAGUUAUGCGAGUGGAUGAAGGAGCGUGGUUUGAGACGAGCUGCAGUGACUAACGCCCCAAGGCCAAACGCUGAGCUGAUUAUCUCCAUGCUAGGCCUUGCAGAUUUCUUCGAAAAGCUUGUCAUUGGGAGCGAAUGUGAUCGAGCAAAACCAUUCCCGGACCCCUACUUGACAGCUCUCCGUGGACUUGGGGUAUCAAAUAAGCAUGCAUUUGUGUUCGAGGAUUCUAUUUCUGGAAUAAAAGCUGGAGUUGCAGCCGGAAUGCCUGUUGUGGGGUUAUCUCUGAGAAACCCCGAAAGCUUACUCUCUGAGACGGGCGCUACACUUGUUAUAAAGGAUUUCGACGAUUCAAAGCUGUGGGCAGCUCUCGAUCAGUUAGACACCAAAACGAAGAAAUGAAAACAUCCUUAAUCGAUUCUUUAUAGGCGCCAGGUACAUUUAUGGAGCCUUGGAGCAGUCAUACAUAUGCCCUAUUUGAUAGAACUUAUGAUUCAUUUGAUACUUAUAAUUCUGAAUUAUGAUUCUUGCUCAUCAGCUCAUGUCAACUUGAAGUUGUUAAUGGAUUACUUGUAGUCUAUCAUCAGAUUAAGUAAUCUUGGGCCUUC